GACGUAAUGGAGUAAUUCCGCUGCAAUGUCCGUCAUUUUUAUUAUAUUUCACCAAUUUCGCAGCGUGGAGUUGCAAUGAAGGCCUCUAUGUGGGCUUCGUGUUGUGGUUUAUUGAACGAUCUGAUUGGUUCGGGGGCGGUUCGAAGCCAUCAGGCUGGGUUCGGGGGCGGAGCCGGGCCAUUCAGAUUUGCUCCUGGUGCUGGCUACUCUGCCUACCCUUCAACGAGCUCCACUCAAUCGCCAUCUAGCCCCCCUCCCUCAAAUGGAGCAGUGUGCAAAGCCUGUGGUCUCGCCUUCUCUGUCUUCAGAAGAAAGCACGUGUGUUCAGACUGUGGGCGGAGCUUCUGCGCACUCUGUAGUGUGCUACAGGAGAACCUGCGGCGCUGCUGCGUGUGCCAUGCCCUGUGGGCAACGGCAUUUGAACGUACACGUCUCAUGCGUCUUCGAGUACGUGAUCUGCGCCGUUACCUCACGCUGCGUGACAUUAGCACGGAUGCAUGCACUGAGAAGGAGGAACUCGUGGAGCUUGUACUGCAACACAUGGGGGUGGAUCUUCAGGAGGAUGAGGAGGACGUGGAGGACAGUGAGGAGGCAAACAGUGAAGCCCCGCCCUCUGCUUUAGCCCUGCCCGUUGAUGUUGCACCUGCCAUCCCCCAGCCGCCUGCACUGUCUGUCUCCACCCCUCAGGAAGAAUCACACAGCACUAACAACAGCUCAGGAACCAGCCAGGAUUGUGGGGACGUUGCCUCUGUGUCUCUUCUCCCCCUGGAGAAGAAUGAACGUUUACUAGAGUCCAGCCCAGUGACUCAGAGGAGGGCUCGAGCCUCCAUCUCUGAUCUCUCCAGCGAGGAUGACAUCGAGUUGUUAACCGUUCGGCAGCUGAAGGAAAUUCUGGCCAGGAACUUUGUGAAUUUUUCUGGUUGCUGUGAGAAAUGGGAGCUGGUGGAGCGUGUGCAGCGUUUAUACAGAGAGCACCAACACAAUCGCACCUCCUUGGAAAACAUGAGCAGCAGCAUCACUGCAGGUGUGGCUCCUCUCAGUACCAUGGAUGAAAACGUGUGUCGUAUCUGCAUGGACGCUGUGAUCGACUGUGUCCUGCUUGAGUGUGGUCACAUGAUCACCUGUACCCGGUGUGGCAAGAAAAUGAACGAGUGUCCCAUCUGCAGACAGUACGUGGUCCGAGCUGUACAUGUCUUUAAGUCCUAAACACACAAAAACACACACAUGCACACUGAUAGCCUUCAUCUUCCUGACUGAAUCAGCUCCUGAAACCACUGAAGGUUACAUCGGCUACAUCCCAAAUUCCUCCGCAAGGGGACAUGUUUCAGACUGGUUAGGGUCUGAAUUUGAACACGGCGGGUCUGUUUAAUUAGUGUUUUCGAAUGCGCUCUUGUUGAUUUCUCUUAAUUAUUCAGAGUUAUGUGUGACCCAUGUCACGAGUUUGCACUCUCAGCACAGUGGAGGAAGUGUGUUAAUGGGGCAGAUUCUAGCUAUCUGGUUUAUUAUCUAGUGUGGUAUGUACCUAGGAAAUAAAAAUAGCUAGCACGGUAAGUAGCAAUUCCAUCAGCUGUCGUGUACAGAUAGACAAUCAAAUGUUUGAGACGUGAAAUGUUAAGCUCCUGUUUAUGCUUAUAAACAGUUUUAUCCGCCAUUUUGAAAAGGUCAAGUUCAGUAGUGCUUUCUAGCUAAAGGUGCUCUUGAAGUCUACAGUGACACUGACUCAACCCCUCAUCUAACACCCAUUUAUGGGGGCAGCCAUGGCCUGAAGGUUAGAGAAGCAGCCUUGGGCCCAAAGGGUCGCCAGUUCUAUUCCUGAGAUCGAGAGGAAAAAUUUGAGGGGAGUUGAGUGAAUGAACACUACUUUCCAUUCCCUCCGUAUCAUGGCUGAAGUGCCCUUGAGCAAGGCACCUAACCCCUAACUGCUCCCUGGGUGCUGUAGCAUAGCUGCCCACUGCUCUUGGUGUGCGUGUGCUCAUAGCUCACUUGUGUGUGCAUGUGUGUGUUCACUGCUUUAGAUGGGUUAAAUGCAGAGGAGGGAUUUCACUGUGCUUGUGUACAUGUGACAAAGGCUUCUUCUUCUUCUUAGCCAUCUAAUAUUCAUCAAAUAACAAAUCUCACUAGGACUGCUACAGUAAUCAAAGUAAACAACACUAGUGGACUAGGGGAAGAGAAGUGAACAAGGGCGCAUUAAAAACAGUAUUGGAAUGCAGCACACUUAGUCUUUCCAUGUGUACCGUGUGUGCGUAGAAGGUAUAUGAUGGAAAAAAUGAAGUGUGAUGGUCCUCCUUGCUGUAGCAGAACCGAAGCCAGCAGUGAUUAGCGGUGCCAAAUGUACACAACAUUACUCAUUUAUUUAUUCUGUUUUAAUAUAGUGCUUCUCUACUGAGUUUAUUAUUACAUCCCUGCAGCACAGUAGCAUAUUCACAAAGUACUAAAUAAAUUCAUUUCUAAAAUGUAACACCAGACACUGACUGGAACUUUACCAACAAUAUUUAUCUUUUCAUUUCUGAAUUAAUUCCAAGUUUAAAAAUGUAUUUGGACACUUGGCAUCCUUCCUCCCAAAGGGCCACUGAGGAUUUGCAGCUAAUGUUUAGCUACUGCAGUUUAAACCACUGAAAGUUUUUGCUUUGUAUGGUUUUAUUUUAUUUCAACUUUUAUUUAAUAAUUGACAGUCAGAUACAAUCUUUAGCAGCUCCACUAACACUUUGUGGUGGUACCAGCGAACUAUUUUUCGCUAACAUACCUCCCUAACAAUCUCUCAUUGUUCUGAAGCAGCUAGCU